AUGUUGAUCGGGCUAUGUGGAGGCAUCUGCUCCGGCAAACAGACAAUCGCCGACUACCUCACCAAACACCAUGCCUUUACUCAGCUACACCUACAAUUAGAGCCUUUGAACGAGCUUUCGGGGCUGAACAUCGUGAAGCAAGACGAGCAUGAGAAGGGGAAGAAGACUAGGCCAGCAUACGCGAACGUCAGCGGCACCAGUACGAGUACCCCUAAGGAACGUACCUUCGAUACCGCAGAUGAUCUAUUAGACUUUGUCACGAAGAAUUGGCAGAGUCUCUGGGUCAUAACAGACAUCCAAUCCGAAGAGAUCCUCGAUCAACUCGACAGGCGUCCAUUCUUCAUACUGGUCAGCGUAGAUGCGCCUGUCCAUGUGCGGUGGAAGCGGCUGAAAGACCGAAUGCAAAGCAAAGGCGCAUCCCCCCAAGAUAUUCCUAGCCUCGAAGAUUUCGUCCUGGAUUCGGAUGAGCAACUAUACAAUUCUCAGGAUGGCCUCCUCCCUCUCAUUUGCCGCGCUACGAUCAAGCUGUUGAAUACUUCAUCAGAUAUUGCACACUUCUAUGCCAGGCUGUCUGGGGUGAACUUGCUAAAUAAUGACAGGCUACGGCCGAACUGGGACCUUUAUUUCAUGCAGCUAGCGUCUCUGGGAGCGCAAAGAAGCAAUUGCAUGAAGAGGAGAGUCGGGUGCGUCAUAGUGGAAGACAGGAGGGUCAUCAGUACAGGAUAUAAUGGCACACCAAAGGGCCUCAAGAACUGCGCGGAUGGAGGCUGUCCAAGAUGUAACGAGGGCCAAGGCUCAGGUGUUGGACUGGGUACCUGUCUGUGUUUGCAUGCCGAGGAAAAUGCCCUGCUCGAGGCUGGCAGAGGGAGGAUCAGGGAGGGAACCAUCCUCUACUGUGACACAUGCCCGUGUCUUACGUGCAGUAUCAAGAUUGCGCAGGUAGGAAUCAGCGAGGUGGUUUACAGCCAAGGCUAUUGCAUGGAUGGAGAUACAGCGGACGUCUUCAGGCAGGCUGGUGUCCGGCUGCGGCAGUUUGUCCCGCCUGCAAAUGGUAUGAUACAUCUAUAG